UCCUUCCACUGCCGAUCCUUCCAUCUUAGCUGAUUCGAGGCGAGGCAUGACACGAAUUGAGUGCAGUAUCGAUGUUGCGCGCGAGACUCGCGUUGCUCGCGUAUUAACCAAGUUGUUUACGCGUUUGCAGAGAUCGCGCAAAUUACGUGCGAGUUACGUGUGGGUUACGUUCUUCGUGGAUUUCGAUCCCCGUUCGAUCCCGUUUCUCUCCUCGCACGGUGGAAUCCGCCUCCGUUUCCGAACCCUCGAACGUCGGUCCGAUUGGCAUAUUCCAUGAUGCUCGACGAUACUUUUGAAAAAAAGCAUUCCGGAGUUGUACCGGGAAACGAGCAUUGUUACGCUAUCGCUACCGGAAAUCUGUAUGAAUAUUCAACUAUUGCUACUACGGCGCACAAUUUCACGUCGUAGUAGCCAUACGAACGAUAUACUGGAGGUCUCUCUUCUUUUUUUUCUUCUCUCUUUUUCCUCCUUCGUCAGGCGAAUAAUGUCCGAAUGACAAAGCAACGGAUCGAGAUCGGAUUACGUGCGAGAAGAACGUAUCAUAUCUUGUCCCGAAGAUAUGUCGCACGAUUGGAACUCUUCGUUGUCUUCAGAGUGGCCGCCGGACGAUGUGAGGGAUGAAUACCUCGCCAGAUGGGAAAUCGCAGUGCUGACCAGCAUAUUUCUCACCACUCUCAUCGGCAAUUCUCUGGUCCUGUUAGCCCUUUAUACCAGACGACGUUAUCAACGACGGAAGUUCACCAGAAUGUACUUUUUCAUUUUGCAUCUGAGCAUAGCCGAUUUAUUGACGGGUCUGCUCGAUGUCUUGCCGCAGCUCGCCUGGGAUAUAACAUUCAGGUUUCAGGGUGGAGCGGUGCUUUGUAAACUGAUCAAAUUCGGACAACCAUUUGGCUUAUAUCUAAGUUCCUAUAUUUUAACGGUGACCGCGAUAGACAGGCAUUACGCCAUUUGCUAUCCCUUCAGUUACUGCGGCAUUACAUCCCGAAGAUCGAAAAUGAUGGUGUACGGGGCAUGGAUGCUUGCCGUUAUACUGUGUAUACCGCAGAUUUUUAUAUUCUCGUACACGGAAAUAUCGCCAGGCGUUUGGGAAUGUUGGGCUACCUUUUACCUGAAAUAUGGCGAGAGAGCUUAUAUUACUUGGUAUAGCAUUAUGCAGUUCCUAUUACCCUUCAUAGUGCUCGUAUAUACCUAUACGAGAAUAUGUAUGUCAAUAUGGACAAGUAGUAAAAUGUCAGGAGUCGUUGACCUUAAAAGGAGAAACAAAGCCAGUUUCUCACAGCGAAAUCGAGAUCCCCUCAUCUCAAAAGCAAUGAUAAAUACCGUGAAACAAACAAUCGUUGUGGUUACUUUAUACAUUAUCACCAAUAUUCCUUUUAUUGGAUGUGAAUUAUGGGCAACAUGGGAUCCUAAAGCUUCCACUUCGCCAUUUUUUACUGGAGCUGCUUUCACUAUUCUAAGUCUCCUAAAUAGUCUCACGAGUUGCGUUAAUCCUUGGAUUUACUUUGCAUUUAACAAGGAAUUACGUACGGCAUUAACAAAUUUUUUCUGCAGAAAGAAAGAUUAUUCUUUGACUUAUGAUAUAGAUGCACGUCAGAAUGCGUUGGAUGUGCCCUCUUCAACAUCGCCGUUUAUUUCUAGAAUCUCGCGACUUAUAAGUUCAAAGAUAUUCGAGUAAAGUGGAAACAAAAUAAAGUUUGCAUUUUGAGAAGGACUAUUUUGAAUGUAAAGAUACAUUGCGAAUAUAUAUAGUUGAUGCAUAUAUACAUUCGCGGACGUAUAAAUGAAUUUAGUACGACAAUGUCGAGCACGCAAUUUCUUUGUACAACAAUUUUUUAAUAAAAUUAUCUAUGAAGAACCUAUUAAAAACACUUGUAAAC